AUGAACAGAUCCGCCACAUACCACAACCUUUGUAACCUCCCUCAGCCACCACAGUCUUGGUAUCAGCGACAAGGUUAUGUUAAGUCUAUGGCUGAUUUAAUUCAGAAGGAAUUGCAAACCUUUUGGUCUCCUGAUGAGGCAUCAUCACUAGAAGGUCAAGAGGCAAGUGUUGUCACCGAGUAUGUUAUCAAGAUUUUAGGUCUUGAAGUGUGUGCAGACACUGUAGUAGGAGAUGAAAUGUUUAGGGGUAUUUCAGGGGGACAAAAAAAGCGAGUCACAACAGGCGAAAUGAUGGUGGGCCCAUCAAGAGUGUUGCUAAUGGACGAGAUAUCAACGGGUUUAGACAGUUCAACCACUUUCCAAAUAGUGAAUUCAAUUAAGCAAUCAAUUCACAUACUUGAAGGAACUUCUGUCAUCUCACUCCUUCAACCUGCACCUGAGACCUAUGACCUAUUUGAUGAUGUCAUACUUUUAGCAGAUGGACAAGUUGUGUAUCAAGGUCCUAGAGAAAAUGUGCUUGAAUUCUUUGAGUACAUGGGUUUCAAAUGUCCUGAGAGAAAAGUAGUUGCUGAUUUUUUACAAGAAGUAACAUCAAAGAAAGAUCAAGAGCAAUACUGGAUAAGAAAAAAUGAAGCUUACAGUUUUGUUACAGUGCAAGAAUUCUCAGAAGCAUUUCGGUUGUUUCAUGUGGGAAGAAAACUAGGUGAUGAACUUGGUGCUGCAUUUGACAAAACAAAAAGCCACCCUGCAGCUUUAACUACAAAAAAAUAUGGUGUUAGCAAAAAAGAAUUGCUAAAAGCUUGCAUAUCUAGAGAAUACUUGCUUAUGAAAAGAAACUCCUUUGUGUAUAUAUUCAAAAUGACACAGCUUACUUUUUUUGCUACAACAACAAUGACACUAUUCCUACGAACUGAGAUGCCAAAGAAAACAAUAGUAGAUGGAAUAGUAUUCAUGGGUUCUAUGUUUUUCACAAUACUCACGAUUACAUUUAAUGGAUUCUCUGAGCUUGGUUUAAGCAUUAUAAAACUUCCUGUGUUCUACAAGCAAAGAGACCUUCUCUUCUAUCCUGCAUGGGUAUAUUCACUACCCACAUGGUUCCUCAAGAUCCCAGUAACAAUUCUUGAAGUUGCCACAUGGGUAAUCUUGACCUAUUAUGUCAUAGGGUUUGAUCCAGAUGCCGGAAGGUAA